UUUCGGUACGUGUAGUGUUUGAAUGGAAGAGGCAGGAACAAAGAAGAGAAAAAUGGGGGAGAGAAGAGCAGCAGAUAACAAGAAAGCAACAACGACGGCGAAGUGGCCUGUUGUUAAACCCAAACUGAACCUCCAGAUUAGGCGCCUAAAAGACACGGAUCUCUUCACUGUGCAGAAUUUGUUCUCAGCUGUAGAAUCAAGGGCAUUUAUUAAAGCUGCAGAGUCAAUUGGUUUUGAACACCAAGGAAGUCUUGGUCCAACAAGAGGUGAAGCGUACCGAGACAAUGACCGAACAUCUGUCAAUGAUCCUGCUCUUGCGGAUGCUAUAUGGCAGUCUGGACUCAGCAAAUUAUUUUCUGAUAUUAAAAUUAGGGGGAAGGUUGCUGUUGGCUUGAAUCCAAAUAUAAGAUUUUACAGGUAUAAGGUUGGGCAGCGCUUUGGGCGGCAUAUUGAUGAAAGUGUUGAUCUUGGAGUGGGAAAGCGCACCCAUUAUACUUUGUUAAUAUAUUUAAGUGGUGGUUCCAAAACCAAUGGUAAAAGUGAUUCAAGCAAGCAAAAGGAUUCUGUAUCAGAGCCUCUAGUUGGAGGGGAGACUGUCUUCUAUGGUUCAAGGAAUGGUGUUGUAGCAGAGGUAGCUCCUGCUGAAGGAAUGGCUCUCCUACACAUUCAUGGUGACAAAUGUAUGCUGCAUGAAGCUUGAAAUGUGUCCAAGGGCAUCAAGUAUGUUUUCCGUUCAGACGUGGUGUUUGCUUGAGGAGAAGCCAUAGUUUCUGAAAUGACAAAGCUUGGUGAGUUUUCUUCUGUGAGGUACAAUAGUUGUAGCAACAUCUUUUCUUGUUUGGCUGGUAACUGAUACAUGAAAGGUAAAAGUAUAUGGAUCUAUUAUUCUAUUCCCUUUUAGAAAUUGCGAUACAUAUCCUUGGAUUAUCCUCGAGUAACUAGAUUUCUAGACUUUAUGGCAUGUUAUCAUGCCUGGGAACAUUCUGUGACAGAAAGAAAACAAAAAGGAAUAUUCUAGGAUAAGCCUUCUCCACAGGCUAUUGGAGAACUUUGCAAUUAGUAGCAACUUUUUUGAAUUAUUAAAUGCUAAUGUUGCUGCUAAAUUAUGGCUCAUGCUAUAAGAUUUAUCAUAGUUUACUUUUUCUGCAUUCUUACUUGAUAGGGUUACCAGAGUGAGGGAGCAUUCUUUCACAUGGUUAUUUAUGUGCCUAUCUUUUAAUCUGAAACAUACUUUCAUCCUUCCAAGUUACAAUUUUUUUUCUUUAAUUAUCACUUUCCCAUCUAUGCACUUCUCGAUUCUUAUUUGGAAUUGCAUUUUUAAAGCGGAUAUGCAUCUUGCUCUAAUUGUAAUGCAUC